CGUCGAGUCCACUACUAGUUUGUUUGAUUGAAAGAAGCUUCGAAUCAAGAAAGUUGAAACGAUUAAAUUAUUUGUCGAAAUUCAACGCAUUUACUUAUAAAUCCUUGGUAAAGUUUUCGAAAACAAGUUUAGCUUCUAAACUGCAAAGUAUUCACAAUGAAAUUGGUCAGAUUCCUUAUGAAGUUGAGUCACGAAACGGUGACGAUUGAGUUGAAAAACGGCACACAGGUACACGGUACCAUCACCGGGGUCGAUGUGGCCAUGAACACACACCUGAAGGCGGUCAAGAUGACCAUCAAAAAUCGGGACCCGGUACAGUUAGACUCGCUGAGCAUUCGGGGCAACAACAUCCGGUACUACAUCCUGCCGGACAGUUUGCCGCUGGAAACGUUGCUGAUCGAUGAUGCACCGAAGACUCGGGCCAAGAAGCGGGACGCCAAUCGUGGAGGGCAGCGAGGUCGCGGAAGGGGCACCCGAGGAGGCCGCGGUGGCCCGAGAGGAGGUCGUGGUGGUCCCCGUGGACGAGGUCGACGUUAAAUCAGUCCGAACGCAUAUUUUCCUUCCUAUUAAACCACACCUACCCGUAUAGAUUUAAGUUCUUGAACUCAUACCGCAUCAACUGUAGGAUAAGCAGUUUUUUCUCCAUACUACAGUGAAACAUUUUUUCUCUUCAAACAAGACAUCUCUGAGAAGGUAAAGAAUUCAACUUAUCUUUA